GUGAACAUUUCGUCAGAUUGUCUGUUGGAAAGAAGUCAGUUCCGUUUGCCUCGGUUGAAGAAACGUUUCGCACGUGAAAAGUUUUGUUUGGUGGAAUGAAUACAGCCCGUACGCUAGUGAUUUGUACUGUAACUUCAACAUGAGCCCACGUGAAGUGCAUUUUCUGUUGGGUGUUUGCUAGUGUAGUUUUUCUAUAAGGAUACCCGUAUCGCUCACACUAUGUCAUCAAGGCAGAAUGCAACAAUUAAGCAAAAGCAACAAGAAGUAGCUGGCUUUGUCUCUUGUGUCAGUAACAAGUCAGAAAAGAGCAAAAGCCUAUCAAAUAAAGCCAUUGAUAGCAGUGAUGAAGACUCUGAGCUAGACCAAAAUUUUGCCCUACUCAGUCGAAAGAGAUCUUCAGGUAUUACAGAUGAAGACCAAGAAGAGUCUAGAAGUGAGGAAGAAGAUGAUGUUAUGAGUGGCGAUGGUCUUGAAGAGGAUAGUGAUGAUGGUGUUGAUGAAGAUGCAGAGGGUGAUGAUACUGAUGAUGGUGAUGAAGAUGCAACAGGAUCAGGUUGUGACACUCGUGAGGAUGAGGAGGAUGAUGAUGAUGAUGCAGCAAAACCGGCAACUGAGAACAGUGGUGAAAUACAAACCGAAGAAGACAUAAAAAAAGAGCUCUCAACAAUGUCUUUUGAGGAAAUCAUGGCACUUCAAAACAAGGUGGGGACGAAGGUCUAUAAUGAAAUAGCUUAUGGAAACACAAAGUUAAAAAAUGCUCCUGCAAAGAAGAAACGCCUAAACAAGAAUAGGCCCAUGGAAAUAUCAGCCAAGAGGCCUGCCCCAUUUCUCAGACAAGUGGUUCAAGUCAAAAAAACAGUGUCUAGAGACCCAAGAUUUGAUGAUCUUUCUGGUGAAUACAAACCUGAGAUCUUUGAGAAAACAUACAGAUUCAUCAAUGACAUCAAACAGCGUGAAAGAGAGGUAGUCCAGAAAAGGCUAAAGAAACCCAUAAAGAGUGUGCAGAAGAAAGAUGAACUUCAGUUCCUGUUGAAAAGAAUGGAGAACCAGGAGCGUGCCAGGAAGACCCGGGAGGAGCAGAGGGAGAAGGAGCUGGAGUUCAAGAGGAAACAAAGAGAGAUGGCAGGACAGGGACUUAAACCCUUUUUCCUGAAAAAAUCUGACAAGAAGAAGCUCGAGCUGGCAGAGAAGUAUAGCGAGCUGAAGAAGAGCGGCAAGCUGGAGAACUUCCUGAGCAAGAAGAGGAAGAGGAAUGCUGGCAAAGACCGCAGGAAGCUGCCUUACCAGAAGAAGACUCAGUGACCGUCCUGAUUAUGAGGGGACUUGAUGUUUUCUUUGUCUUGUUGAUGAAAAUUGAAAACAUUUUGCAGGAGUUGUUUGUCCUGAUGAGACAAAAUUUGUCUUCAGUGGGACAGUUUACAUUGUUUUCACAAAGGGACAUUCUCAAGGCUUUUCUUAUUGAGAGGAAUGCUGGGAACAAUAACAUUGUCAAAAACCCCAAUGACAAUUUAAGAUUCAUGUCCAGGUUGCCAGUGUGAGUCCUGCAUUCUUUUGUAUGUAUGACAUUGGUAUACACAAGGUAAUUUUAUAUUAAAUUUAAUGUAUAAUAGCA